GGUCACUAGCUCCGCUGGAGAUUCAGAUCUCAGUCCCGGCUUGAGCGGAAACUUCAGCGGCAGAACGCGGCGUGUCUGACGGACUCAGAACCAGAGGCAUCCGUGAGCCGGAACCGACAACACACAACCUCCAUUUGAAAACGGGUUUAUCCCACGGACGCACCGGGAGCCACACGGCAGCUGUUCCUGAGAGAUCUAUCCACUUCCUCCCCUAUUCCUUGCAGCAAGACCCUUGUGAAAAUGGGGUGAUUGUUGUUCUCUCUUCAUCCAACUAAUUGACCUGGAACAAGCCCAGGGCAGCACAUUUCCUGAUGUCUGAAGAUUCAGAUUCCAAGCCCUACCACUUCCCAAUUCUGGAGGACCAGGAUGUCGCCUCACUGUGCCGAGCAUCCACGUCCUGCAGCUCCAUGCCGAGAGGGGCGUCCGGGUGCAGCUCGAUGGCACAGCUGCACAGGAUUGGAGGUUACAACCAAGGUGGGCCCGACCUCGGCCUCCCCUCAGAGGGCAGCGACAGCAGCGGCCAGGACCCUCCCGCCUCGCUGCACACCCAUCGCAAGAACACCCGCUCUCGCUUGCUUCCUGUGGAAGACGUGGAGAUGAAGAGCAGCGGGUCAAGUGGGAGCGGGACCGAAUCGCACAGCAAUGAGAGUCACGGCAACGAGAGUCAAGGCAACGACAGCCACGGCCACGGGUCAAUGGGCAGUUCAAAUGGAAACAGCAAAGACUCUGCACUGCUGGAAUCUUCUGAAAGCAACAAAAGCUCCAACUCCCACAGUCCAUCUCCUCCCAGCAGUUCAAACGCCUUCAGUCUGCUGAGCUCAGAGCAGGACAACCCUUCGACCAGCGGCUGCAGUAGUCAGGAGUCCGCCAAAGCCAAGACGCAGAAGGAGGUGAUUAAAACCCUGAAAGAGCUGAAGCUUCACCUGCCUGCUGAAAAGAGACGCAAUAACAAGUCCUCCACGUUAAACAUGCUGAAGUACGCGCUGCGCUGUGUCAAACAGGUGCAAGCCAAUGAGGAGUAUUACCAGCUUCUGAUGAUCAAUGACGGUCAACCUUCAGACCUGGAUGUAUCUUCUUACACAAUAGAGGAAAUAGACAGCAUUACAUCUGAGUACACCCUCAAGAACAACGAGGUGGGAUGUACAAUCUAUACUGUCAUCCAUCUGUAUAAACAGUCUAUGGACAUUUUUGCAGUCGCAGUGUCUCUGAUCACAGGACGCAUCGUCUACAUUUCUGAUCAGGCUGCCUCCAUCCUCAACUGCAAAAGAGACGUGUUCAAAAACACCAAAUUUGUGGAGUUCCUGACGCCGCAGGAUGUUAGCGUGUUUUACAGCUUCACAACGCCGUACCGGCUGCCGUCAUGGAGCAUGUGCACCGGAGCAGAGUCAUCCCCACCUGACUGCAUGCAGGAGAAAUCCUUCUUCUGUCGUAUCAGCGGUGGUAAAGAGCGUGAGGGCAACAUACAGUACUAUCCAUUCCGCAUGACGCCAUAUCGGAUGAAGGUUCAGGACACCGUCCACGCUGAGGACCAGUUCUGCUGCCUCCUCCUGGCUGAGAGGGUUCACUCUGGUUAUGAUGCACCCAGAAUUCCAACAGACAAGCGGAUCUUCACCACCACACACACUCCCAGUUGCGUGUUCCAGGAUGUCGAUGAGCGGGCUGUUCCUCUCCUCGGGUACCUCCCUCAGGACUUGAUUGGCACACCAUUCCUCCUCCACCUGCAUCCCAACGACCGACCCAUCAUGAUGGCCAUCCACAGAAAGAUCCUUCAGUACGCAGGGCAGCCGUUUGACCACUCAUCAAUCCGCUUCUGUGCACGAAACGGAGAGUACAUCAUCCUCGACACCAGCUGGUCCAGUUUUGUCAACCCCUGGAGCCGCAAGGUCUCUUUUGUCAUCGGGAGACACAAAGUCCGCAUGGGCCCCGUGAAUGAAGAUGUUUUCGUGGCCCCGGCCUUGUCUGUCGGGGGGACAAAGACCAUGGACCCUGACAUCCAGGAGAUUACCGAGCAGAUCCACCGCCUCCUGCUACAGCCGGUUCAUAACAGUGGGUCCAGUGGCCACGGUAGUCUGAACAGCAAUGACCACCUUCUGGGAAUGUCCUCGUCAAGUGAGAGCAUUAACAAGGGCAAGAUGCUGUGGGAGGAGGAGGAACUGAGCAGCAAAGCCAGACCUCGAACUUUUCAGGAAAUCUGCAAAGGCGUUCACCUUCAGAAGUGUCAGGAGCAGCAGACAACCAAACAAGACAACAAGAAAAGCAUCAGCAUAGAGUCUGUUCAGAAGAGCUCAGCUGUGGUGCGGCCCAAAGAAUCGGCCACCCCUCUCAACUGGAAGGAGCCGUGGUCUAUGGAGGAGAAUCGGACAUCUUUCCAGGAGGAGCUGGCAUUCAACGACCAGACUGUCUACUCCUACCAGCAGAUCAGCUGUUUGGACAGCGUCGUCAGGUAUUUGGAGAGCUGUAAUGUUCCCAUCAACAUGAAGAGGAAGUGUCACUCUUCUUCCAACACCACGUCCUCUAACUCAAAUGAGGACAAACAGAAAGGGGCCAACGACAUACAGUUGUCUGAAGAACCAGCUUUGUUAAAGGAUCAGUCUGGUGUUUCUACUUUGGAUGGUCGAGACAAAAAGUCCAGUGAUGCCGCCACUGCAGUAGUUGGCACUUCGCUGCCCCUGCCUGUACCUAACAAACCGGAGAGUGUGGUGUCCAUCACCAGCCAGUGUAGCUACAGUAGCACCAUAGUGCAUGUUGGAGACAAGAAACCUCAGCCAGAGUCAGAGAUCAUAGAGGAUGUACCAGGAGCGGGGGAAAUGGCAGAAUCCUGCCAGAACUCUAGGACUCCUGCUCGUGCUGUUUCACCUCCCAGUCAGGAGAGGGAGUCCUACAAGAAACUGGGGCUGACCAAGCAGGUUUUGGCGGCCCACACGCAGAAGGAGGAGCAGGCCUUCCUUCAUCACUUCAAAGAGCUCCGUAGACUCACAACGCUGAAAGCAAACUGCUCUGAGUACCUGGAACGCCAGCGAGAGCAGACCUCCAGCGAUGCUGUGCCCGCUGCUCGACCGUUCAAACAGCCUGGACUGGCUGCAGAGCCCGUCACACGCCGAGGAACACGAAAUAAGAAGACCAAGUCGAAGCGAGCGAGGCAGGUUGUGUCCUCGGACAGUACGGUGUCCCAUCACAGUCAACAGCAUCUGCGGCCACCUCGUCUAAUCCAUGGUCUUAACCCCACAUCUUGGUCCUCCUCUGACACCUCGCAGUCCCCGUAUUCCAUGGCCUACCCUGCCAUGAUGCCAGGCUACCCACUCCAGGGUUACCCCACACCUGCUUCCAUAGUGACUAGCACAGAUCCCCCUCUAGCAAAUUUUGGGGACAACCAGGCUACCCAAGCCCCUCCCUGCCAGCCAUCCAUCCAUCCUGUUCCCUUCGCUGCCCCCAUGGUCACCCCCAUUGUGGCUUUGAUGCUGCCGAACUACAUGUACUCUGCAAUGCCCCCCGGGCCUCAACCACCACAGCCAGUGUACCAUGCAGAGACUGGAGGCUUCACCACCCAAACACAGCCUUUUUGUCAGGCUGCCUUUCCAGGCCAGGGCACCUUCAUGGUUCAACCCUCCUUUGGUGUCCAGAAUCCCUUCAGCCCCCAGAACCUUUUUGCUCCUCAGGCAGGUUACCUUACCCAAUCGUACCACCUCCCUCUAUCCUCGGAAAUCCCAAAGGGCCUGGUGGAGGCCCAGUCUCGCCCCUCGACGCCCCAGUCUGGAUUGGGAGGAGGACAGGCAUCCCCACCUCUGUUCCAGUCUGGCUGCAGCUCACCCCUCAAUCUGCUGGAGCUGGAGCUGUCUGUUGACCUCCUGGACAACACAGUGCUGCCACCUGGAGGACAAGGGAACCCCGCUGAAAGGGACAAGGGAGCAAGUGGCACUCAAGCCAAGCCGUCUCUCAGUCUCCUUGGUCCACCUGGACCGUUGUUUUGCGAGUGCACGUGCUGUGCCUGUGAGCGUUUGUCUUGGGAUAAAGUGUUCUCUAGGCUGAGGGCUUACAGCAAUGAGGCAAGCUCACAUGGCGACGGGAACACCAGCGAUGCCAACUCCUUAUCCAGUGACAUGUUGGACAUUAUGCUCCAAGAGGACUCUUAUUCAGGCACAGGUUCGGCCACCUCAGGGUCCAUGGGCUCAGGGUCCAACGGUUGUGGAACUUCGGCCAGCGGGACGUCCAACAGCGGUACAUCUAAGAGCAGGACAUCAGGCAGUGGAGUGUCGGCUAGUGGGACCUCCGCCAGUGGAACAGGAAGCAACAACAGCAGUAAAUACUUUGGCAGUGUGGACUCGUCCCAGAACAGCCAGAAGGUCAAAGGUCAUCUGAGCGGCAGCGACGCAAGGCCCGUAGACAUGGAGCAGAGCGAACACUUUAUUAGUAACAUCCAGCAAGUGCUCAGAGAGGACAGAGAGAAGCUGCGGCUGAUGCACAAGAACCAGCCGUGCUUCUCAGAGGAGCAGAAGAAGGAGCUGAUGGAGGUCCACCCCUGGAUAAAGAAUGGAAGUCUACCCAAGGCCAUAGACAUCAAGGUGUGCUCCUGCUGUGACGGCACCUCAGAGGCAGCUGCAGUAUCAUCAUCAUCAUCAUCAUCAGCAGCAGCAGCAGCAGCGAUGUCGGAGUAUCAGCCAGACCUGGACAUCAGUGACACGGAGACGGGGGAGGUCGGCAGCCAGCAGAGGCCCCGAGAAAAGCUUUUAAACACGGAUGUUGCUUCCUGCCACUGCCCGUCGCUUGUCUCCAGCUCUCAGACGCACAUCAGCCAGACAAUGAACUGCUCAAGAUUUUCAGAGUGACUUUGAUUGACUUUGAAGAUGGACUUCACAUAAAAAUCUUCAUUCCUG